AUGGAUUCUCAGACCGACAGCCUCGACAUACCAAAGCUGAAACGUUUCGCGCUAGGCCUUCCUGAAACUGAUGUGUCGCAAGCAUUUCUCAGCGAACCUGAUUCUCAAUCUUCCUCUCUCAUACCCGAACAACAGCAGGAUAUCGGCAAAGAAUCCGCUAUUCACCAAGCCGCAUCUCAUUCUGCUUCCUCGGCAUCUCUUCUGGCUGUCCAUGUUUUCUCGGCCUCGAACCAGGAUGCGCAUGUGGCCAGCCAGAACGACCGACUACAGCCGUUUUUGAACAACCUCUCCUCCUCGAACCGUUCCAAAAUGAGUUCCGGUGACGCCGGCCCCGGCGAUACCCAGCCGAUAUCUCAGACUGUCUUCGAUAGUAUCAUGUCGCGGAGCAAAUUACUCUCAGCCUCCCAGGAGGGUAGCCAUGUCGACAUAGAUAUGCGUGACGCCGAUGAAGGAACAUUACACAUGACUUUCAAGGAGGGCGAUCCUGGUCACACCGAUUUGCUUGCCGGGUUUGGCGACAGCAAUCCAAGUGAACCCCACGACAACUCAGACAAUGACCUAUCGAGUUCGAAACCUGAUGAUUCGUCCCCAGUCUACACCUUUCGCAACUCGCAGCAAUUCAUGACGACUCCGCUCACGGUGGAAAAACUACAAAAUGGGCGGGGUUUGGCCUCGGCGACUCCGCGCCUUCCACGCAAUCCACUCGCUACCGACCUGAGCUCAAGUGGAGGAAUGAUGGCUCUCAGUCAGGUCUUCAGGGCCACGCAGGCUCCUUCCUCGCCGUUUGUGAAUGGUCUGCCGUCUGGUCCGCUAUCUGAUCGUCCUUCUCCAAACAUUCCCAUCCAAUCUCGCCCCAUGCACAAGUUUACUUCAUCGCCUUUACGCACACCACGAUCAAAUCUGCACCGCACUCAUACCGAUCCUCAUAGCUAUGUCUCAAUGGACGAGUCCCAGAAGCAGCGUAACAAUAUCAUUGAGGAAAGACGAACAAGAUCUGUGGAAAAUAUGGGCUCGGAAGACCAGAGCGAUGAUGAGUUCGACAAGGAAUCGAGCUUCGUUCGACGAUUGAGGCUACAGAAGAAAAUAGACGAAGAAACCCAUGCUCGCCUCGCAGCUGUUAGUCGAGAUACCCCUCGCAAGGUCGUGCCCGACUCAUCAAUCAACUGGGCUAAAACUGCCAGUCAGGAACUAGCCUCGCUGGUUGAAGGUGAUACCCAACCAUUAGGUUCCAAUGAAGGCAUUAGUGAGGAGGAAACCGAGCAAGAGGACAAUGCUGUGGCACCUAAUAGUCAAAACAGACAGCCUAUAUCCUCUUCAGAAGAAGAUAAAGAAAACUUCAUAGAUCCUGUUGACGAUAUGGAUACAACCAUUUCCGCUCAUGAUCGCCUAUCACAAGCUUUACACCUUAACAGGAGCCCUUCCCCGGUACAGUCAUUACCAGCGGAAAAAGAAACUUUGGCAACGGAGCACAGUCUUGCCGCAUCAGAGCAAAUAAUCAACGUUCGAGAUUCUCAACCAUCGCCGAGCCAAGGGGGGCCAAAGAUUCAGCAAAAUGCGCACCCGCCGUCCGAACACGAAUUUGACGAAGUCCAUUCAUCACCAGAUGAUUUACAACCACCAGCGAAGCGACCUCGUUUUCAACAAGAGACAGACCAAGAGUCGGUCAAACAGUUAUCCCAGAGGCGUUCAAACUCACCUUUGUCCAUUCACUCGACCGCUCGAUCUUCUCAGCGUAACUCAAACUCAAGCGCUCCUAUUCCCUCAGCCAACACUGUUAAUACAAUCGAAAAGCCUUCUUCCAUGCCAUCGCUUGUCGCCAACACGCCAAUCAACAAGGUUGACAACAACACUAUUCCUGAGACUAGCAUUCCUGAAUCAAGUCUCCACAGCUCCAGGCAGGAAGUUCAACCUGCGGAAGCAAAAAAUAAAUUCUCACCAAUUCCAGAAGCAGAGCAAGAAGACGACGAUCUUCCAACGCCUCAUCAUCGACGGAACUGGGACAAUUUCAUGACUGGUCCAUCACCCAGCGGAACUCCAACUGCCUUGAGGAAUGCUGCACCGCGACAGAAGAAACUUUUUGUUAGUUCCAGUCCAAUGGGAGGGAAGAUCAAGAGUUUAUCCGAAAUUUCCGCUGAGCAUUCACCACAACCUUCCCCUGGUGGCGAGCUAAAUUUCGAAAUCCUGAACGCGGGCGACAAGGAAUUCUCCGAUAUUGUUGACGCAUUCGAUCAUCAGACGCCGACUAAGAAACGUCGGAAAACUGCUGGAACAACUCCGUUGCGAUCCGAAUUAUCUCAUUCAACGACGCCGAAACCUGAUGUUACCAAGGCCGUAAACCAGCCAGUUCACUACGAACAGCCCAGUGUUCCAGAAAGUCCAGAGCCAUUACAUAGACCUACAGUUGUUCGGCGUAAGCGAGGAAGGCCACGACGAACUGAAAAUAUAUGGGACAUUGAGGAAACGCCUCCUUCUACAGCGCCUAAACCACCCAAACAACAUUCAAGCGAAAAGAAACCUUCCACGACCAAACUACCAUUCACAGUUUCCGUAACAAUUCCAAUAAAAAGUCAGAGCUCCCAGAAUUCUUUCACUUCGGAAAAGUCAGCUCCUGGGCGGAUUGAGCGUCAGAGCCGAGAAACAUCUGCAGCCACUACAUCACGCCCACCCACAGAAUAUGAGGCUGCAACACCCAAAGCUCACACACCACUACCAGAGGAAAGGAUAAUAGCUCCAAAUCAAGUAUUGGCUGCUUGGAAUGGCAUGAAGCGUGCCUAUUAUCCAGGCAGAUUUGUUGGCGCGGGCGGACACAAAGGCUGUAUUGUGAAGUUCACGGACAGUAGUCCAGCCGAUGUUGCUCUUGGCUCUAUCAAGAAACUACAGUUGCAAGUUGGAGACUCGGUAAAGGUUGAUUUGCCUGGGGUUCCAAAGAUCAUACACGUUAUCCAAGGCUUCUCAGGCCAACUCAGCGUCGAUGAGCUCACCACCGCGGAUAAGCAUGGAUCUCUCCCAGUAACCGACAUUUACGGAAGAUCGACUCUCAUACUUGCUGCAAAGAAUCGAAAAAGUCCCCGUCGGGGCGGUCGCAUGGAAUCCGACCAGACGGUAGAGGUCCCAAUGCACAGCAUUUAUUUAGAUAUGAACCUUUGGAAUCAACUCAAAGGGCGUGCAUUUACGCUCGUCAAGACAGAAUCGAUUCCCAACAAAAUACAGACACCAACAAGGGGUAUUCCAACACCAAUGUCUCCGGGCUCUAAACUCUCUCGCAAUAAUCUUCUUAUACAGACAGGGCUCUUCGCCGGAAUGGUAUUUGCCGUUUCCUUUGGGAAUCAAGAUGUGGCUAAAGAUAAAAUAACCAAGCUGAUCUCGGAGAACGGUGGCCACAUCUUGCGAGACGGGUUUGAAGAACUCUUUGACUUCCCUUCUAGUGUGCCACAUGCGCGGGAUCAAUGUACCGACGAAGUACAAUUUGGGCUUGCUUCUGGCUGCGAACAAAUUGGGUUUGCUUGCCUGGUGGCUGACAAACACUCUCGCCGCGCCAAAUAUAUGCAAGCAUUAGCACUCAAUGUGCCCUGCCUGUCUGGGAGAUGGGUUGAAGAUUGCGUCCGCGAAAACCAAAUCUUAGACUGGGCAUGUUACUUGCUGCCGGCUGGGGAAUCCAAGUUCCUUGAUGGUGCCACCAAAUCAAGGAUCCUUACGCCAACACCUGCAGAACAAGCCAAAUUCUCUAAAACCCUGGUUGGACGCCCAAAGAUCCUGGAAGGACAAACUGUGCUCCUGGUCAUGGGGGGUGGAAAGGCGGCAGAUAGACGCAAAGCCUAUCUUUUUCUUACAUAUGCUCUGGGGGCUGCCCGUGUUGAACGAGUCUUUGAUCUGAAAUCUGCCAAAGCCACUCUUGACGCACAGGCAAAGGAUGAUGGAGGAUGGGACUGGCUUUAUGUUGACGACGGCGAAGAAGCUGCAGCCACAAAGAUGAUUUUGGGCAGAGCCCAAGGAGGCUCUGGCCUCGGCAAGAAGAGGAAACGAUCUUUGCUAUUCAAUGAAUCUAACAACGACAAACUGGAGAAAGAUGCCAAGAAUGUGCGGAUUGUGAGCAAUGACUUUGUCUGUCAGAGCUUGAUAUUAGGAAAGAUUUACGAGCCUUGA